AUGUCGUGUAAUCAGAUAAGUGCUGAACAUGGUGUCGUGACAGGCAAAUCACCUUUUGGAGAACCCAUCAUCAAAUUCGAUUGUAAAGCUGCUGCGUACGCGCCUUGUGUAACUGCACUUCGAGCAUCUUAUGUCGCUACUCUAUUGGCCAAACCCAAACUAAAGCCAAUCGAAAAGGACAAACAUAGACCGUCACCAUCCCGAUACUCUCUCACCUUUUAUUCCAUACCACCCACCAUGACACGUCGUGAAAUAGGAGCAUUAGUAGGGGCUCAUGUUGGAAGAGGCUUCAAAUUCGAGAUGAAAAUCGUAAACCGUCAUAAAAACAAGUUUUUCGAUAUUGAGAUAGUAGGAUGUGAAGAUUAUUAUUUGAACAAGCAAAUAGUAGAUGCUAUUGUGCAAGGCCGAGAAGACAUUGUCUUUUCUACCGAGCUUGAACGUAUAGAGCAACCAGUCUCAAUAAGAAAAGCUGAAGUAGAAACCGACACAGUCGAGCCUGUACAGGCACCUCUUCCACCAGCAAACGUGUAUGAAGUAUUAGAUGUUUUGGAAGAUACCGUGCUGUUAGAUGGUAUCGAGGAUGACCCAGUCGAGGACGUCGAGACUUCAGUUAGUACGUUGACAGAUCCUAGCGAAGUAUUGAAAAAGAAGAACAAGAAAAAGAAAAAGAAGAAAGAUGGUGCGGAUCAAGAUGAUGAAGAGGCUCAAGUUGAAAAACAAGUCGAAAAGAUCGAGAGUCCUGCUGUUGCACCAGCUCCAUCGAAUCAAUGUAGCAUGGCAAACUGUAGAGAGAAGGUGUCUAUCGUCUUUCCGGCUUGUGAAUUUUGUACGAGGAAAUAUUGUGCUGCUCAUCGAAUGCCAGAAUCUCAUUCUCCGAAAUGUGCAGAACAUAAACGUGAAAAAGAAAAGACUUCAUAUCGAGCAGAGACGAAUAGAAUGAUAAAUAUGGCCAAGAGACCUGAUGCAACCAUCGGAAGUACAUCAAAAGCUGCUGUUGCCAAGGAUCGGGACGACGCAGCAAAGAGAUUGAGAGAGAAGAUUCAGGCAUCGCGGCCAUCUUCCUCAAAAGAAAAGAAGGGUGAUGACAAACCCUCUCGUAAAUAA